UGCUGUGAAUAUUAUUCAUUUAUUGUAGAAACAUGGUCAAAAACAUUAAUUAUAUGUUGGCUAUAUUUGUUACGUUAAAUUCUAUAGGCUCUAUAUAUACCGAACACACUUUAAAUAUUACUUCUGAGAAUAUAAAUGAUUUAACAGAUAAUCAAAGAAAGUGUGUCUUCGAAAUGAUACGUCAACGAUUUAUAGAUCUGAUCGAUUCCAGUAAGUAUUUAGUUUUAGAUCUUUUUAUAUUAAAACUAUUUUUGAUACUAUGUCAUUCAUUGUUUAAACUUAAUACUCUUAUAACAAACUGCAUAUUUUGUGAAGUUAUCCAAAGUAUAAAAAUGAUUCAUAAUAUUAUAUCGAUUGAAAAUCAACGAUUUCAGCAGAAUCCAAAGAAUACAUCUUGAAUUUAUUGGCUAAUAACAGGGCCCUAAUUUAAUGUAACUAGCCCAACACAACGAUUGAGUGAUUUAUAUAUAUCUGAUAUAUCGACUUCUAGCGUCUUCUAGUGUUGGAUUAGGUUAAUUUUUUUUGCCAACAUAGUUUACCUUCUAAGGUACCUAAAUAGUAAUAUAAACAAUACACAUAGACCUAUAAUUUUAGGUACCAUACUUUAAUCCCCCUCAAAUUUGCCAUCACAUGUAUUCCUUACAAUGUACUGAAAUAUUGAGAAUUGUGCAAUAACUCAACUAUUAUCAUUCAGAGUAUGUCGAUAGAGAAAAUUGGGUAUCCAGAUAUUAUACAUUCAGUAAGUAUACAUUAAUUAUUUAUAGUAUUGUAUUUUAAUAUUUAAUAAUAUACACUAUAUGAACCGGAUGAUAAAAUAUUUAACAUACCAAAAUAUAAGUAAUUGGUGGCAUCGAGUGAAAACAACUAUUAAUUGUUAAUUGUUAAUUGUUUAAGACUAAAAAAAAUAUUGAAAUAAAACUACCCCAAUCUCAUAAAUCGUAUUAACUAUAAGGAAAAGCUUAUCUCUCACACACUCUUUUCGUUUAAAAAUACAUUUAAUUUAAUUUAAUGUUUCAUUAAGAUAAUUUCAAUAUAUUAUAAUUAUUGUUAGCUAACAAUUGAAGAGCAAAGGGGUUGGUUCCAGUUGGUGAAACCAAACUGACUUUUAGCACUUUUUUUUAUCAGUCUGGAACCACAUAUUGAGGGAUUGGAAAAUUAUCUUUUUGUUAAUAGUCCAAACCCUCCAUAUAAUACAUUUUUAUUAUAUGCGUUGGUAUGCUUUGAUAUUAAAAAAAAAAAACAUUUUUUGUGAUUAACAAUACAUUGAUUAAACAACUCGUUUAAAUAUAUAUGUAUAACUCAUUAUAAGGAAAAGGCUUAAGUGGUUUCAUCAAAUUUUUUAACGUACCUAUAAUUAUACUCAUUUAUUAAAAUCGUAGAUUCUAUAACAUUUAUAAUCUUAUAAGAUAGAUUAUAAUACGGGCUUUAGGAGUGGGGAGGCGACCAUCUCCAACUAACCAAUCUUCAAAAAAAGUGAGUGGUUUUUGUCCCUAUGUUUUGCAUAUAUUUUGUGCAAAAUAGUAUACAUAAUAUGCACACAGUCUACGGUACGCGACUGCUCAAAUAAGGAGUAGCGUAUACUCUACAGAUUACUCAGGGGCUUAACUCUUCGGGUUGGGAUAAACGUUUUGUUAAACUGAAAGCAUGGAAGAGGGUUCUAGCCUCUAAUAUUAGGAUAAGUCUUGAAUAAGAUUUUAACUGUCCUUCGGAGAUUCACUUUUGUGGUCUCUAUAUUUUUUCGGUGAGCAGUUGUUGUUCCUGGUCGUAUUUCAUAGUUUCUUGUUGGCCAGUUCACUGGUUGGUUGAAUACCAAGUUUGAUUAGUUGUUAUACAAUAUACGAUAAUUUAAGGUAAGGUAGAUGGAGGAUUAAUGUGUAUUACCAGAGGUGGACUGGGCUUGUAAAAGUCUAUUGAUUUCCAAUUAUAAAAGGCCUCACAAUCAGGAAUAUUCAGUGGAGCAAUUAGUAUUUUUACAAUAAAAAAAACAUAUUUUCAACUGUAA